CGGCCUUGGUUGAUCGAUAAGCGAUCGAUAAGCAUAGUCGGCCAUGUCAGUAGCGUUCUACAGAUCGUUACAGCACAGACUGUUAUGUAUCACAGACUAAAAUCGCGUGUUGUGAAAUAUUUGUUUAUUGUUUGCUUCGGAUCACACCGGUCGAUGAGAAAAUCCGCGUUCGGACAGCGCCAUGUCCAAGUAGUGCUGAUCUUCUUUGGCCUGGUGCUGGCGUACGCCAUGAGGGUCAACAUGAGCUUGGCCAUCGUCGCCAUGACCGACCCACACGCCGGUGGAAAUAGCUGUUCCGCAGAAUAUUGCAAAGCCUACGUGAACCAGACAUUCAAUUGGAGCGUCGGGACUCGCAGCGUGAUCCUGUCUUCCUUCUUCUGGGGCUACGUAGUCCUUCAAGUGCCUGGCGGGGAGUUGGCCAAUAGGGUUGGAGGGAAGUUGCUACUGGCUUCCUCCAUCGCCAUCAACUCCAUACUACUGAUGGCCAUACCUACAUGUGCUUACUAUGGUGGUUGGCAGUUAGUAGUCGUAUGUCGAGUGUUGCAAGGACUCUUCCAAGGCGUUACAUUUCCCUCAGUACAUAACCUACUAGGAAAAUGGGUUCCAGUUGAGGAGAAGAGCAGACUUGGCCAGUUCGUGUAUGCUGGGUCACAGCUAGGCACAGCUCUGCAGCUUAUAACAGCUGGGUACAUCGCCGAUCAAUGGGGUUGGCCAAUGAUAUUCUACAGUGUGGGAAUCCUUGGUGCAAUCUGGACACUCUUUUAUCUUAAAUUGGGAGCUGCUUCCCCGCAGUCUUCUAAUACGAUAAGCCCAGACGAGAGAGGCUACAUUGAAAGUUCUUUGGGAACAGUGCAAGUACAUAAGAAGCUACAAACCCCAUGGAAAGCCAUAAUGACGUCGAAACAGUUCCUAGCACUAGUUUUGGUGCACUGUGGACAAAACUGGGGUUUCUGGACUCUUCUCACGGAGAUACCUUCGUAUAUGGAGCUGGUGCUCAAAGUAAAUAUAAAAUCUAAUGGAGUUUUAUCGGCACUUCCUUAUUUGAUGAUGUUCAUUUUGAGUUUUGUAUUUUCGAUAAUACUUGAACACUGUCACAAUAAACAAUUGUUCAGUCUAAGCACUUCAAGGAAAAUUUCCAAUUCCAUUGGGUUUUACGGAGCAGCUGCUGCCCUCAUUGGGAUCGUUUACGCGCCGUCACACUCAUUAACAGCGUCUGUUGCAUUAUUGGCUAUAGCUGUGGGUGUUAACGCAGGUCACAUCACGGGUUUAGUGGUACUAGAAUGCGUCGAUCGGCGUAUAUAAGCGCGAUUGGCGCCGCGCAGAGACAGUUGAGUUUCAACAGCGAUUUCGGAGCGAAUCCAAAGGCGAUCAAAGUGAGAUUGUUUAGAGACUUGUAUAGUGAAAUACAGUGUUUUGUAAUUAACAUUGUGUGUUGAUUGUGUGAAAUGAGUGGUGAAUAAAGAACUAUCAAGCGUGAACUGGCAUAUAAUUUCGAACCCCAUCCCGACACGUAACAAUAUGUCCAUAGUUGUUCCAAUGUUUUUACAUUUAUUGCAUUCAAAAUCAACGUACUGAAAUGGUUAAAUAGAACUGAGAAAUUCUGCAAGAUUUUAAAGAUACUUACUGUAAAAUCAUUAAUUACUUGUGCUGAAAUGACGUUCUUCCUGCAAUGUAAGCAACAAUGACUUACGGGGUACUGUAUUAAAUAAAAAGAUUUUUUUAAACUUACAAUUUUUAGGAGUAAAUCAAUUCUUAGCUUGUGGAAUUAUCUUCAUUAUUCUAAAACAAAUUGAUACUUUAAAUCUAAACAAAAUAAUAUUGGAACGAAGU